CUGGCAGGGUGAGCUGGCCAGGCUAACACUGACCCCAAGCUGCUCCUCACCUGGACAAGAUGAGAAGAUCAGGUGUGCUCCGACUCCUGGCCCUCAUCUUUGCCCUGGUCUCCACAUGGAUCUUUUUGCGCAGCUUCAGCAGCUUAAACAUGAAAACUAUCCAUCUGUCCCGCUGGCUGGCAGAUUUGGACUCCAAGAAGGUCGAGGUCGUGAGGACCAAGUGCGGCCUCAGCAAGCCCUGCCCAGACAAUUUCUUUGCCUUUAAAAUCAGCAGCGGAGCCGCUAAUGUCGUGGGUCCCUCCAUAUGCUUCGAAAACCUUGUGAUUAUGAGUCCUGUGAAAAACAACGUGGGCAGAGGCCUGAACUUUGCCCUGGUGAACGGAACCACAGGAGUGGUGCUGACACAUAAAUGUUUCGACAUGUACUCUGGAGAUGUUACGCUUCUAGUAAAGUUCCUUAAAGAAAUCCCAGAGGGCACACUGGUGCUGGUGGCCUCCUAUGAUGACCCAGGAACCAAAAUGAAUGAUGAGACCAGGAAGCUCCUCACCAACUUGGGCAGUUCCUAUGCAAAGCAGCUGGGCUUCAGAGAUAGCUGGGUCUUCUUAGGGGCCAGAGACCUCAGGGAUAAAAGCCCUUUUGAGCAGUUCUUAAAGAACAACCCAGACACAAACAAAUACGAGGGCUGGCCGGAGCUGCUGGAGCUGGAGGGCUGUGUUCCCCAGAAGGUAUAUUAGGGCAGCUGCAGGACUGAAGAAGCCCCCUCGCUGUCCUAGAGUCAACGCCAGCUGCGGCUGCAAGAAGGAAACCAGGUGGCCUGUGGAAAGUUCCCCCGGGGGUGGGGGUGGGCAGGGGGCCGUGCCCUCUGCACACCUCUCCUCUUCAGAAGCAGCACCCUCCCAGGGGCUGCGGCAGCCCAGCCGAGGUGGCCAACCAUCAGGGGUCCUUCCGGAGCCCGUCUGCAGGAAGAAGGAACGGUGUGCUUUCCCUCAAGAUGACCGGCGGUCACCC